UUUAUACUUUUUGGUCCACUCUCUUUAAUCAUCCAUUCAUUCUCGUGCUUACUCUCUCUCUUUCUUUUGACACUCUGUGUGUUAUCUUUAGCUGUAGCAAUAUGGAAUCAGAAUCAGGUUCAACAACAAUACCGAUGGAUGAUCAUCGCCGUCAACACCAAUCGCCACCGUCAACUACUCCUCCUCUUUUUCCUAAAACAGACCAUAACGGUUUCGUAGGGAGGCAUCGAUUGGCAGCUUCAAUUUCUCAUCUCCACAACCAAAUCAAUUUCCUUCAGGAGGAACUGGAUCAACUCGAUACGUUAGGCGAAUCCUCCAUCGUAUGCAAAGAACUCAUUUCAAAUGCGGAAUCCGUUCCGGAUCCAUUGCUUCCACUGAGUAAAGGACCGAUUGAUGUCAACUGGGACAGGUGGUUCAGAGGAGCCAACAAUAAUCGUAAACGCUGGAUUUAAACAUGCUUUCUAGUAGGAGUAUUUUUUUUAUAUGUAUUCGACUAUUCUCACUUUCUAUACUUAUUUUGCGUACAAUAUCAGAAUUCAAGAAUUUCGGCUCA